UCUGAGAGAGAGAGAGAGAGAGAGAGAGGGAGAGGGAGGGAGAGUUAAUGGGGAAAUGCGGUGUAGUGCAGGGCACAGUUUUCCAUAACAGCAACUUUCAUACUUUGGUCUAAUGCCUCUGGAUAUCUGACUCCUUGUUAUAUCUAUAAACGGCUAUUUCGUUGAGCCAUUGUGGAGGAUACAAGACAUGUUUCCCUAUCUAGUCACAUUUAUUUUGAUUUCAAUCCUCUCCAAAGGUCAGCGCGCGAACAGCUGCGACGUUUUCCCCAAAGACCAGUUCAUCGAGGCGGGGUCCGACGCCGAGGUCGUGUGCCUGACUUCAUGUGUCCGCGGCAAAGUCUUCUGGACUCUGGACAGCAGACGCGUGGACGAAAGCCAGUCGAUCGCCGUCAACUCCUCGCACACAGUGCUGUACCUGAGGAACGUCACUCGGCACCGCGCUGCGUUGCAGUGCCACAGUGCAGAGCUUCGGCAAAUCCUUGGUGGCACCAUCAUCAGAACCUACACAAAACCCAGCAAAAUAUCCUGCGUAUUGCAUUAUGGAAAUCCGCCAAUGGAAGGUGUCCCACAACUGUUCACGUGCAACUGGCGGCAUCAGAUUAAUACUUCACUCGUGAUAAACUACACUGUACUGGUGUCUUCGUCGAAGGUCUCCCAGAGUGAAAUCUGCAACUCACAAGAAACGAAAUGCACACAAGAUAUUCAUUUGUCUGAUAAAAUACAUUUAGCCAUAAAUUUCAAUGUUACUGUGAGAGCUAAAACUACUGCUUGGGAAGCCUUGUCAGACCCUCAGGAAUUUGCUCCCCACAACAUAUUGCAAAUCAUUCCUCCGACGGUACGUGUAACUGUCUCCUCUAAUAACCUGUCGAUUGAGUGGAAAGUGACAACCCUCUGCAGAAGGAAGCAGUGCCACUGUCAAGUCAAAUACAGCAAGACUGUCAGCAACGGAACUCUGGAGGUAUUGCUCAAUAAGACAUCAAACAAGAUAGAGAUUGUUAAAGUGGAAUCCUGCACUAACUACACAGUCUCGGUCCGCUGCGCGCGGGCCAACGCCCCCUGGAGCAACUGGAGCCAGGGGAGGACAGUUCUCACUGAGCUGAACAAGAGUGAUGUAAAGCUGCGCCUGUGGAGGGACGUUGCCAAACCGGAUAGAAAUGGAGUCAGAAAGGUCCGGGCCAUGUGGAUGGGGAUUCCCUCAACAUGCCAAGGAACAUUUACCUACGCAAUCAAACCGAUUCCUUACAAGGAGCAAGUGACUGGAAUCAAUUAUACGGACACUUUAUGCAGCAAUUCAACCUGUGAUGUCCAUGUGAGCCAAGAUGCACACAGAAUCCACCUCACAGUCUACCAUGAUGAAACCUGGAUUGCCGAGGACUCCGUUUACGUCCCGGCCACUGGAGAGAGCCUCCCUCGAGUCACUGGAGUCAGGACUUCAGCCGUGGGGGGUGUCGUUCUGAUCAACUGGAAGGCUCCGGCUCAGCCUGUCAGAGUUUACGUGAUCGACUGGACCCACGACGGGAAUCGCUAUUACUGGAAGGAGAGCGGAUACACUAACACAUCGCUGUUUGACCUUGAAAAGAAGCAGUACAAUAUCACAGUGACGCCGCUCUUUGACGACAAGACGGGUCGCGGCUGGCGAUCUCUUCCCAUCUGCCCCAGAGCGGGAGAUCCAGAAAAUGUCACCAUCGUCGGAGUGCAAGCCAACGACAAAGGUGCCACCGUGAGCUGGACCACGAAGUCACAGGAGGAUUGCAGCGGUGCUGUCACAAACUACACGAUCUUCUACGGUUCUCAGGAAGGACCAGCGCUCAAUGUUACCGUAAACAGCACACAGCGCCAAGUGUUUCUGAAAGAUCUGAAUCCAGACAGCCAGUAUAGCAUCUACGUCCAGGCCAUAGCUGCUACCGGAACUACUAAAAGCAGCGAGAGGCUCUUUAAAACCAAAAGAUUUGAUCCAAGGCUCAUCACAGUACUCAGUGUCUCUGGAAGCGUCGCUAUAAUUCUCGUGUUAUCCCUUGGAUUAUGCUGUGCUAUUCAAUGGAAGAAAUUCAGGGAGAAGCAGGUGCCGAACCCAGGCCUCAGCUCUCUGGCGUUGUGGCGUUUACCAGGUCAUCAAAAGCGGAUAUGCCCCUUCCAGGCGUUCAGCAAUCCAUCCGAAAGCCUCUGUGACAGGGUUUACACUGAGGAAAUGCAGAUAACGCCCACCCCUCCACCGGCUACAGGCUGUGACGUGAACUCAGCCGGGGACCAGACUGAGGAGUACACUGACCCGGCCCAAGCUCUUGCCGCGGAUGUACAGAAUGACACAACGGUUGAACUGGUGAAGACACAAGUUCCUGGCGAGUCCACAGUGUUACUGUCUUCAGACGACGGCCCAAGCAGCCCGUAUCGAAGUCAGAGUUCAGUGGAAACACCUUAUCCGAGGGAAAGUAAACCAUAUAAGCGUGUUCUGGGGAAACAGCAAGAAAAGACGGUGCCUGUGACUGUUUACGUCACAUUGAACAUGUUUGAACAAGGUCAGGGCCGGUAAGAGCGACGGAAACCUGUAUCUAAGAGUCAAGAUACAUAUCAGCUCGGAAUAAGCUUUUACUAAAUUAAUCCUUCCAAAGACUGCCAUGGUGAUGUGUUUUCUUCUGUGUCCAUUGUAAUCUCAUAUUGAACCUGUACAUUAUACACCUUUUUUUUCUUUUAUCUACACAAACAUGUAAUAUUUAUGGCAAAACUAUGUGUAUAGCAGCGUUAUGAAGACAACCUGAUGUAUGUACCUGUUGUAAAAAAUAUUGACAUAACUGUAUAUGCCUCUAGCAAGAGUUGUAUUGUAAUUAAAAGAGUUUCGUUUGAAUUUCA